AUGCCAUGCACCGCGGCCGGCGAAGCCGAUCGAAUCGCCGCCGCACGAGCCGUGCUGUUGCUGCGAAUACAACCCAUUCAGCGACAAUUCCAAGGAGUCGGAGAUCUACGACUUGCCGUUUGCCCUGCGAAAACUGACGGUGUGAAGCCCGACGGGGUAUUGGGCACUGAUCCCUUGCUUGUGCAUUACCGCGAGGAAAACGAAAGGCUGCAGAAUGCAAAUGAGGAACUGGCGGAAAAAGUUUGCAACCUCGGGGAGAGCCUCGCCGAACGAGAUUGCUGCGACGAUCCGUGCGAAAAAGUUAAAUACGUGAGGGAGAAAAUAGCUGCGCUGAGAGAUCGUUUCGCUGCCGAAAAAAAACAAAUGCGAGACACGAUUUCGCAUCUGAAGCUGAAACUGGCGGAAGCCGAGGAGGAUACUUCCUGUGCGGCAUUAAAUCGUUUGAGGGCAAAGCUUCGUGAGUUAAUGAAAGAUGGUCAGAAGGUGGAUCAACAGGUGCCCGCGGUUGUCGAGAGAUCAAUGCAGACGUCGGUGGAUCUAUCAAAGAGCCACGAAGAUCUGUUGCGAGCGGAGAACGAGCGUCUGCAGGCCGAACUGGCGCAGAUUCGUCGUUCAAUGGAGGAGGUUGUCACACCGGUCACAGAGGAGCGUGUCCCACCUUUACCCACGGACGACGAAGAAACGGACAUGUCGGCGCUGCUAAGUCAGCUACGUAAUUGCGAGACGCUUCUGGCUGAAUUAAAAACGCAUUUGGACGAGAAGACGGCUCACGUGGAGGCUCUGCAAAGUGAGCUUGAUCAACAGAAGAGAGCCUCUGCCGCCGCACUUGCAUUAGAUGUGGAUCAGAUGACCGUCAGCCCUGCGACCAUGAUGGAUGAGAUGGCCGAGAUGAAGGAGGAACCUGAGAAACCUGACGAUAAAAUUACGGAGCUACUCGAAAGCCUGCGGCAGUCGGAACUGGCGGUGCUGGGCGUGAGUAAGUUGCAGAGCGAGAUCGAAGAUAUGAGGUCCCAGCUGUAUAAUCUUGAGACGGAGAAAAAGGAACUUCUCGAUGAGCUGGGGAAGAUACGGAGCGCAGUGUCCGAGAGAGACCGUCAAAUAAACGAGCUGAACGAUGAACGCGAGUCCCUGAAGGAGGAGAUUGCGACAAUAAAAUCCGAGCGCGACGAAUUAAAUAUUAAGAGUGCGUUGUUAGAUAGGGAAAUUCGAAAAAUGCAAGACGAUUUGACGAGAGUGAAGGAGGAGGAUAACGAGGUGAAGAGCGAGAUCGAUAAGUUGAACGUUGACCUGCGUCUCGAGAAAGAAAAAUUUCAAGUGGCGCAAAAAGAGCUGGGGGGCAUGAGGGACGAUUUGCAUAGUCUCGGGGCUGAAAAUGAAUUCUUGAAGGAGACAUUGGAAAAUGCUAAAUUGGAGACUAACGAACUUAAGGAAGAAAAUGUUGCUUUGAAAAACAAUCUUGAUAAUAUGAUUAAGGAAUUGGAAUCUUCGAGAGAGGAAAAUAAUAAUAUUAAGGCAAAGGUAGAUCAAUUAUUAUCCGAGAAUGAGCGUUUAACGAGUGAAUUAGAAAAGCGAGUGACGGAGACGGAUCAAUUAAAGUCCGAAGGAGUUGCAUUGAAGGACGGUCUCGAUAGACUGCUACGAGAAAUGGAUAGAUUAAAGGUUGAAAACGAUAAACUGCAGGACGAAAGUGCUGUUGUUAAAACCGAAAGAGACAGUCUGGCAAGUGAAAGAGACAGCUUGAAAUCCGAGAAUGGUCUUCUUAAAGACGACUUGUCUAAGACAAAUGUAGCGUUAGACGACGCAGAGAAACAAUUGAGCAAAUUUAAAGUCGAGAAUGGAGUUCUUACGGAAGAAUUGGAGAGGGCUAAUGUAAAUAAUAACAAGCUAGUCGCGGACUUCAAUACUUUGCAGAGCGAAAUGGCAAAGUUGAAGUCGGAGAACAGAAAAUUGUUACAAGAAGCGGAUGAUGGGAAAGAAGAACUAAGAAAGUUAUUGUCCGAAAUAGAAACUCUGAAAAAGGAAGCGGAUAAUACAAGUAAUAAAUUGACGAGGGCAAAUAACGAAGUUGCAGAUUUGCGGCAAGAAGUGGCCGGGUUAAAUAACGAACUGAAAGGGACGAGAGUUAUAAAUGAACAGCUACGGGCGGACGUUCGCCGAACAGAAGUGGAGAACGAAAAUAUUAAGACGAAGAUGAAUAACUACAGGGACGAAAAUGAUAGGCUAAACGCGAAGCUAAACGAACUGCAGGAACAAAUAAAUUUAUCGACGGACGAGGUAAAUAAAUUAAGAGGACAGCUCGACGACGCCGAGGCUCGAAUGAAGUUUCUCGAUGCUCAGAUCGCUAGUUUGCAGACCGGUAGGGACAAGAUGCAGAAUGAGAUCAACGCUUUGCAAAAUGAGAUCAGCAAACUGAAACUAGAUCUAAGUGCGGAAACUACUGCUAAACGAGACAUUCAGGAGGAAUUAGCGGCGUUGAAGAGCGAGAUGAAAAAUUUGAUCGCAAAGAUCGACGAGAUGAAGGUGCAAAAUCAUGUUUUGAAAGAGGAGAGAGACGCCCUUAAGAACGAGCUGUUGAAUCUGGGCGAGGAGUCGUUGAGCCUAAAGGCCGUGAAUGCCGAGAUGACGAGCGAGAUUAAUAAUUUAAGACCGGCCAUAUCUGAUCUUCGAUCGCAAUUAUCUAAAGCGGAAGAAGAUAUUGAAUAUUGGAAGUUGGAAAAUUGCAAGCUUAAGAUGGAGGCGGAUAAGUUAUCCGCCGAGAACGAAAGGACAAAGGGAGCUUUAAACGUCUGUAAGGUUGAGCAUCAAGCGUUAGAGAAGGAGAUAACGAAUCUUAGAAAUGAGAAGAUUAAGCUCGAGGGAGAGAUCGCGGAACUUAAAAAUCUGUUAGAAGGACUGAAUCUGUCUUCAUUCGCCGAAAAAUCCGCUAAAGAAGAGGCAGUGGAGAAACUGACGAAAGUUACGGAUGAAGUCGUCGCUUUGAAAGAGGAACUUGAAACAUUGAAGUCUGAAUUGGCGAAAUUAAGAACGGAGAACGAUAAGAUAAGAGAUAAGGAAGACAGUUUGUCGCGCCAAGUAUCAAUGUUAAAAGCAGAAAUAGAAAACACAAAAAAUGAAAUAUUAGCUUUGAGAUCAGACAAUGAGACGUUAAAGUCAAAGGCAAAUAUGUUAACAGCCGACAACAACAAAUUGAAAAAUGAAUCAGAUAGGCUAAUAUCUGAAGUUGACGGGUUGAAACUGGAGAACGCGGGUCUGAGGGAAGAACGACAGAAAUUCGAGGAAGAAUUUGGCAAACUGAGAGGCGAGGGUGACGGGCAGAGGGCCGAAAUUAAAAGUCUGAAGUCCAGCCUGAUAGCUGAACAGGCAUUAUCAGAAAAAAUUGGAUCGGAAUUAUCUGCUAGCCAAUCGGAAAACGAUAGAUUGAGAGCAGAGUCGGAGAAGCUGCGAAAGAAUUUAGAUGCUCUCGAAUUGACGAAUGGCGAGCUGAGCAGCGAAGUGGAGGAUUUAAAGAAAACGUCGAACGACGCGCGAAACAAGGUGGACGCAUUGCAAUAUCAUGUGGCCGCGUUGCUGGAGGAGAAGGAGGCACUUCUGAGCGAGUUAGACGGUUUACGAGCGGAAGUGAGUGGAUUAGGUAAAGAAGUUGUGUCAGAUAAAGCCGCGCGGGAAGUUGGUGAGAAAAAGGCGAUCGUUCUGAGCGGUGAAUUAAUGGACCUGAAGGCGGAGCUGGAUAAGACGCGUGUGGAAAAUGAGAGUUUGAAGCUGGAAUUGAACGACGCGAAUAAACGGUACGCCGCGUUAGAAAACGAGAAUGCCGUGUUGAAAAUCGAAAAUAUUAAAAUAGCGACGGAACUCGAUUCCUACAAGUUGGAUUUAACAGUGGCGAGGAAUGACCUCGAUAAGUUCCAAAAUGAGAACAGCGAGUUAAAAGGGAAGAUCGAUGAAUUGAAGAAAGUACUCGGCGAUGUCGAAACGAAGAUUAAAUUUCUCGAUGGACAGCUUGUUGACUUGUCGAAUGAAAAAGAGCGACUCGAAAAAGAGGCGAGCGACGUGAAAGCUCAGGCUGCGAUUUCAAAGGCUCGCGCUGAUGACGCACGUGCGCAGCUUGAUGACUUAAUUAACGAACUGAGCGCGGAGAAAACGAGCAGGAGCGUCGCCUUAAAGGAAUUGGACGCCUUAAAGGAUGCUUUGGUCCAAUUACGAGACGAUUUGAAUAAAUGCAGGGCGGACAACGAACGACUGACAAUCGAAUUGGCCGCUUCGGAAGAACGAGCGUUAGCGAUACGGAGAGAUUUCGAGACGGCUGAAACGAUCGAAACUGAAAACAGCAAAUUGAGAAAAGACGAUUUGACGAGAGUGACGGACGACGUGGAAACUCAGGCUGCGAUUUUAAAGGCUCGCGCUGAUGACGCACGUGCGCAGCUUGAUAACGUAAUUAACGAGCUGAACGCAGAGAAAGCGAGCAAGAACGCCGCUUUAAAGGAAUUGGACGCCUUAAAGGAUGUUUUGGCCCAAUUACGAGACGAUUUGAAUAAAUGCAGGGCGGACAACGAACGACUGACAAUCGAAUUGGCCGCUUCGGAAGAACGAGCGUUAGCGGUACAGAGAGAUUUCGAGACGACUGAAACGAUCGAAACUGCAAACGGCAAAUUGAGAAAAGACGAUUUGACGAGAGUGACGGACGACGUGGAAGCUCAGGCUGCGAUUUUAAAGGCUCGCGCUGAUGACGCACGUGCGCAGUUUGAUGACUUAAUUAACGAGCUGAACGCAGAGAAAACGAGCAAGAACGUCGCCUUAAAGGAAUUGGACGCCUUAAAGGAUGUUUUGGCUCAAUUACGAGACGAUUUGAAUAAAUGCAGGGCGGACAACGAACGGCUGACAAUCGAAUUGGCCGCUUCGGAGGAUCGAGCGUUAGCGAUGCAGAGAGAUCUCGAACCGAUCGAAACUGAAAACGGUAAAUUAAGAGAAGAUGAUUUGGCGAGAGUAAGGACGGCGCGUGAUGAAGAGCGGCAGGUUUUAGAAAAGUUAAGGAUAGAAAAUGAGGAAUUGCGGGACGAGCUAAGAAGGGCACAGAAUGAGAUCAAUAAAUUAAAAGAGAAUAUCGAGAAAUCGAAAGGCGAUUUUCUAGAGGAUGUGGACGAUAUCGACAGGUUUGAAAAUGAAUUGAAGAAAUUGAUGAUCGAGAUAGACAAGGCGAGAGAAGAUUUAAAGCGCGCGACGGAAGAGAAUAAUAAAUUAAAAAUGAUCAAUGACGGUCUCGAAUUAGAACUAGGUCGAUUGAAAGCGCAGCAAGACGAAAUAAAAGAUUAUCCUGAGCGAAUCGAUGUAGAAGUUAAUGGGUCAGAGGACGAAAUCCGAAAACUCUUUGUCGAAAAUAAUGCGCUGAAAAUUGAAAACACGCAGCUGAAAUCCGGAUUGGAUCAUUGUCAAGAGGAGAAAGAGCGUUUGAAAGGGGAAAUUAACAGUUUGCAGAGUGAGAAAAUCGAAUUGCUGAGAUCUUUCCCUCCGACCGUAGAGGCUGGCGUGAUUAAACCGGAUGAAUGCGGCGACUUCGUUAAGGCGAAUGAAUUACUGAAGAAGCAAAUUGAAAAGCAAUAUGACGCCGUGCGACGCGUGCGUGAUUAUAUACAAUUUGUGGACGGCAAAAUUCCGUCGAGACCCGCGAUGGCGACAACGUGGGACGACGAUUUUGAGAUCGAGCGCUGGACCGUGCCGUCCAUCGUGGAGCUACUGAGAGAAUCGCAAAAGCUGUCCGAGAAUAUUUAUCUGACGGAGCUCGAGGUGCAGGAUAUCGACAGACUGCUGGAUCUGCUCAAUGAAUGCAAAAGAGACAAUGAGAAUUAUAUGAAGCAAUUAUCGGAGCUUGGUGUGGAAGUUACCAAGGUUGCAGGUGUGGAUAAUGGCGAUGAGCUUGCAGCUUUUGACCCUGAAUCUUGGUUGAAGUCCUUGACACUAACGCAACUGGCCGAAUUGCACGAUAAGAUUUGUUUACUGACUUCAAAUAUGGUGCAACAAGAUAGCCCUGCGGUCUGCGACCGAUCAGCGAUUAAUCGGGACUACGGUGGCGAUCGGCUGCGGGCGGAUUACGAUGCUUUAAACCGGCGGAUCGCCGCCUUGCAGAAGCAAAUAGCCGAGAAGCAGAUUGAGGCGGGGUGGAAGCUGCAGGAAUUAAAACGGGCUCUUCGUCUCGAGCAGGCAAACCUGAUUCGAAUCUCCGACCGGAUGAAUCUUGAAAAAAGGCGCAACUUGGCUCUCCACCUCACCAUGGAUGAAUCGUGAUGUUUUCUUUCCCAGUAUCGCAGCUGGGAUGUUAAAAAUGGUGCUUGCUUCGAGCAAGUUCUUGUUGCCGGACGCGCAGCAACGAGGCGAAAUAUAUAUUCCUUAUAUUCCUUCUUCGGAUUACACUGUACAAAAAUAAAGAAAGGAAACGAAUUCGAUCGAUAUUCAAAGGAUUAUAUGUGAAUGAGAAUAAUAUAACAUUACGUUUAAGUACCGUCUGAUAUUUUUGAAUGAUAUUUCUGUAAUUAUAAACAAAAUGCCGGGGAGACGAAAUAAAAUAGGGCGUUCUUCAAUUAUUACAGCUCUUUCAAAAGACCCCCGGUCCGCUUUCACGUUCCGAAUGGCUGUAACAAUCUCCUAGGCGAUAUAAUUGCGAUAACGUACCAUAUUCAGCAACAACAUGGUUUUGUUGCUAAUCACGA